AUGGGUUCGUUCGGUGACAGUGGUUGUUCGAACAAGCUGUUUGUUCGUCACUCAUUGAAAACGAAACGUAUUGCUUCUUUGAAUGACAUUUUGAGUGAGGAGCAGAAGUCCAUAAUCUCCAAGACUCACUUUCGAUGGUUUUUAGAAUUACAUGGUAAUAUUAAGAUUGGAAGGAAUAUUCUGAGCGAUUUACUGAUUAGAUGGGAUGAUGACAGAGGUGGUUUUAGUUUUAGAGAUAAAUUUGUUGAAUUCAAGGAAAUAGAUGUCAGCUUAAGCCUAGGGUUGGGUUUGGUUGGUGAGCAGAUUAAAUUGAAUGAAAACAAACUCAGUGAAAGUCAUUGUCGCAAGUACUUUGGUGAUGGAAAAUAUGAAUUGGAUUUGGUAUAUGAAUUUAUUUUGAAGCAACACAAAAAGUUGCCUUCAAUAGAUGUUUGUAGGUUGUACAUUUUGGUAGCAAUUAGUGAAGUACUGUUUCCUAAUCGCAGCAGAACAAUAUUCCCAAUUUUGUUUGAAAUUGUUGAUAGAAUCAGUGAUCUGGGAACUUUUUGUUGGGCUCGUAUAGUGUACCAUUAUCUACUUAGCAGUCUGUGCAAAGCUUGUACAGCGUGGAAUAGAGGAAAAGGUGCAACCACUAUUUAUGUGGAUGGUUGUGUAUACGUGUUCCAGGUAUGGUUUUGUGAUCGUUUCAUUCCUUCCAAUGUUUGUGUACAUAAAUAUCCAAGAUUUUUGCAUUGGAUGAAUAUAAAUGUUGGUGACAAGUUCAUUAAACGUGCAAUGGAGACGGGUGUGAUGCUUGAUGAUUAUGGUGCAUCAAGGACAGAAAACAGUGAAACAUGUGUCAAAGCAUCAGUUAAUUCAAAUGGAGAGGAAUUGAAUAAAGAAGACAAAUCAACAAUCAAUAUGAAACUGAUAAAAGGUAUUAAUGAUGCUUUAGAGGAACAAGAUGGUGUAAUUGAAGAACUUGAAGAAGAGUUAUCUAGAUUGCAGGCUGAGCUGCUUGAAGGGAAUAAUAAAGAUCAAGGUGGUUACAGUACACCGUGUAACCAACAUGAUUUUGACAAUAACUUUGACUGUGAGGGAGGAGUUUACAGCCAUGAAACCGUUAUGAAGGAAAGAGUACGUCGAAAACGUUACAAAAGCCAUGUGUGUAGAACUCCCUACACUGGAUAUAGUCCGAAACUUGAUUGAUUAAUGUAAUUUAUGAUUAUUCCAGUAUUAGGAUUAUGUUUAAUUAUGGA